AUGUUCCUCCAGCGCACUGUCGCCGUCGCGGCUCGCCGCGCUCCUGUCGCCGCUCGCUUUGCCACCCGCAGCUUCACCACCUCCAUUGUCCGCUGCGAGGCCCCCAAGAAUCCUUCCACCCCCAACGAGCAGGCCGCUGCUCUUGCUGGUACUGCCGAGAAGAAGAUUGGCCACUAUAAGGUCUUCAAUGAGGUGAAGGGCGAGGAGGACCUUUUCGGUCCCGGUGCUGCCCCCGGCACUGUCCCCACCGAUCUCGAGCAGGCUACCGGUCUCGAGCGUCUCGAGAUUCUCGGAAAGAUGGAGGGUGUUGACAUUUUCGACAUGCGCCCACUCGACGCCAGCCGCCUCGGCACGAUGGAGGACCCCAUCAUGAUCAAGUCUGCCGGCGACGAGCAGUUUGCCGGUUGCACCGGAUUCCCGGCCGACUCCCACGGUGUCGCAUGGCUGCGUGUCACCCGCGACCGCCCCGUCGAGCGUUGCCCCGAGUGCGGCAGCGUCUACAAGAUGGAGUUCGUUGGUCCCCAGGACGACCACCACCAUCACCACGACCACCACGACCCUGCCCUUGAGGAGCCCAAGACCUUUGCCGACUACAUCAAGCCUGAGUACCGCUACCGAUAA